AUACAUUUUGAAAUUCAGAUAAUUGUAAUCAAUUGACAGUUGUACUGUGCUACAUUAUUGACAAAACAAUGUUGUCUUUUGAAUUUGCUUGUACGAAAAAAAAUAAUAAAAGAUAAAAAAAAUUAGAAAUUAGAAAUAUACAAAAAUUGGUCCCUUUCUUACAUUUUUUUCGGCAAAAUACUAAAUUUUAAAUUCUAUGUUAUACUGGGAAUCUGACCAAAUUGAGCUCAAUGAAAACGACGGAGACGAUUUCGUGCCAAUUGUCCAAGCAGUCCAAACUCCGUCCUCGUGGCCCAACUUAGACGAGGUAUCUUCUGCGCGCUCAAGAGCUGGAACUAUACCUGAUCUAGACAGCGUUGCAGAUAUGCUGACAAAAAUGAAAAUUGAUGGAUGUUCCGUUGCAAUCCCACCAGCUUCCUGUCGCCCUGGCAAGCCAAUAGUCGUUCCACCAAAUACGCCACAAGGUUAUAGCUCAGCAGUCCCAUCACGCAAUCAGCGAAUCUUUGAACAGUCCAAUCCCACAACGCUCUUAUCGCCCAAAAAAUCAGUUCCCAGAACGUCCGGUCGAACAACUGGUCCACUCCCACGUAAUCUUCUAGUGGUCACGAACCGUCCGGUGGGCCCGUCGUGCAGUCGGCCAACGUCCGGUACUGCAAUGGCCCCAACGCCCAGUAAUAUAAUUUCGAUAUCGUGCUGCUGCCCAACGUCCCGUCAGCGAAUUGCUACAUCGUCCAGUUACGUAAUGGCGCCUUCGUCAGCUCAUCGAAUAGCCACAUCGGUCAAUCGUCCAACCGCUACAUCAUCCAAUCGUUCAAGCAAAUCACCAUUUUAUUGUUCAAACGUACCACCCCAGUCCCCAAAUUCAGAAUUAAGAUCUCUUAAGAGAAAAGAGAUCGCUAUCACUGCUGAGGAACUUCGUCAAUUUCGACAGAAUUGUCUAGAGGAACAUAAUAAAAGGCGAAAACAGCAUGGCGUUCAGCCUCUAGUGCUCGAAAAAUCAUUGUGCCAGAUUGCCCAAGAGUGGGCGGAACAUUUAGGUGAAAUCGAAACACUAGAGCACCAAAAGCAUUCACCUUACGGCGAAAAUCUCUUCCAUACCGUUGGUACGACACUUACUGCAGAAGAGAUGUUGACAGAUUGGUACAAUGAAAGUGAAAACUACAACUUUUCUAAGCCUGGUUUCACCGACUUAACCAAUCAUUUCACCCAGAUCAUAUGGAAGGAUACGAAAUUUCUUGGAGUAGGAAUGAUGAAAACAGAUAACCAUACUUGGAUUGUAUGCAAUUACGAACCACGGGGCAAUAUUAUUGGUAAGUUUGGGGACCAAGUUCAGCACCUAAGAAACGCACCGUCAUUAACCGAUGAAGACUUAACUGAAGCACAAGCCAAGGUUUACCGAGAUGAGUUUGCGAAUGCGUGCUUGGAAGUGCACAAUAACUAUCGUUCCAAACACGGAUGUCCACCUCUGAAAUUGAGUGCGCAAUUGAAUAAAUAUGCUAACGAUUGGGCACAGCAAUUAGCUAAAGUCGGUACCUUAGAACAUCGUCCAAACGAUAAAUAUGGUCAAAAUCUUUUCAUGGCUUCCAACUAUGAUCCGAGUGCUGAGGAAGUGGUGAAAGAUUGGUAUUCAGAGAUAAAAGGUUAUGACUUUAAAAGACCUGAUUUUAGCACAGAUACCGGCAAUUUUACGCAGUUAAUAUGGAAAAACACUCGAGAACUAGGUGUGGGCAUACAAAAAAUCGGUGCAACAGCUUAUAUAGUAUGUCAUUAUCACCCCCAAGGUAAUCUUAUUGGAGAGUUUAGGGAAAAUGUACCGCCACUAAACAAAGAAUUAGAGCACGACUUGAGAACGCCAAGCGACACAAGUAUAGAGGAUCAACAAUUAGCCACUGGAGGAGAAGAGUCGUCUAAGCCUCGUUCUGGUAGUAGUCUCUCGAGUAUGUCUUUUGAUGAGCAAUGCUUGAACAGUCAUAAUAAAUAUCGAUCUAUGCACGGCUGCCCGCCGUUAGUGUUAAACGAUGAAUUAAGCACUUACGCUACAGAGUGGGCUCAGCAUUUAGCUCGAUCAGGUAAAUUCGAACAUCGUUCUAAUAAUCGUUAUGGAGAGAAUCUGUUCUACGGCAGCGGUUAUGUGGUCACUGGUAACGAUCCUGUUAAAUCCUGGUACGGAGAAAUUAACAACUACAAUUUUAAAAGGCCAGGGUUUCAUCAAACUACUGGUCAUUUUACUCAAUUAAUUUGGAAAAAAACUAAACAACUAGGGGUUGGAGUAGCUGUCGAAGGUCGUGUUACAUUUGUUGUCUGUAAUUAUGAACCGCACGGUAAUGUUGUAGAUCACUUUGCCGAAAACGUACCGCAAUUGCUUAGUGCAUUCCUAAAGGACGAGAAAAGUUUACUUAGAACAGAACAUAUAUUGCAAAAUCUUACUUACCACGUAUGCAAUGUUUCUGUUCCUACUGCUCAACCUCAGCUUAAAUCUACAGAAAUCCGAGAAUUUGAAGAAGAUUGCCUAAGGGCCCAUAACAAGUUCAGGGCAAUGCAUGGUUCUCCCCCUUUAAAAUUGAACAGGAAUCUGUGCACAUUCGCUGCCGAAUGGGCAAAGGAAUUAGCAAAGAAAAAAUCAUUUGAGCACCGUCCCAACAACAAGUAUGGUGAAAACUUAUACUUUGGUUCCGGCUUUAAGAUAUCCGCGGAAGACGCAGUACGUACCUGGUAUAAUGAAAUACAUGAUUACAAUUUUAAGAAGCCGGUGUUUCAUCCAGACAUCGGCCAUUUUACGCAGCUAAUAUGGAAAAGUAGUAAAGAAUUGGGUGUGGCUCUUCAUAUCGCUAACACAACGACAUAUGUAGUUUGCAAUUACGAUCCACCUGGUAAUAUUAUGGGCCAGUUUGAUGUUAACGUACCAUUACCGUUGAGUGAUAAGGGGGCAGCUCCUUCUUCUUCUAAACAGGCUCCAGAAAGACAAGGGGUAAUUGCUUCCUCGGACAAUUUUGUUCAACGUAUACUUGAUUUACAUAAUGAAUAUCGUGCCAAGCAUAAUUGUCCACCUUUACAACUCGAUAAAAAUUUGACCACCUACGCAAUGGAUUGGGCAAAAGCAAGUCAUUUGGCUACUACCAACACUUUAGUGCAUCGAAAUCCUCAGGAAUAUGGUGAAAAUAUAUUCAAAGCAACUGGUUGGGAUAUAACAGCUGAGGAAGUUAUGAAAACUUGGUACGAUGAAGAAAAACAAUACAAGUACACUGACGCAAAAUUUUCAGCAAUGUGCGGGCAUUUCACUCAAAUUGUUUGGAAAGAUUCUAAGUUAUUAGGAGUGGGUGCAGCUGUGCGAGAUAAAUCUACUUAUGUUGUUUGCAAUUACGAUCCACCUGGAAAUUUUAGAAACGAGUAUAAACAGAAUGUUCCGCCCCCGACGAGGACCAACUAAACAUAAACUCUUGUAAAAUUGAAAAGUAUUAGAAGGAAAAAAUUAUCUUCCCAGCUCGUGUUGCCUUGAAACCAAAAAAGAUUAAAUACAUUCACACAUAAAAUAAUCGCUUCAUAUUCGAGCUUUUGAAGACAACAUAAACGUGAUCCAUAGUUGCUAAACAC